UUAAGUAAUUACGUUAAAUAAUGUGUCAUAACUUACCUAGUCAGUUAUAAAACACUUCUCAAAUUUCAUCAAAGUUGCGCAUAUAAAUAGGGAUCUUAAAAUUUGAGAAUGUCAACUAAACGUAAAUCAACGCCAAAUAAAUUUAAUGUAAAAAAUUUAAACUUAAUGGUCAAAAAGGAGUUAAUGUGCUCGUCAAAUGAAACAACCGUGCUACAUGGGACAACUUCAAGCAAAUCAUCUAGGCAGCGUGAAUCUAAAUCAGAGAAAAACAAAUAUAGAAAUGAGAGUCAUUUAGGAGAACAACAAAUACAUAAGAAUAAUUUUCAAAAUUCAAUAUUAACAAACAUGAAUUUCAUUAAAAAUUCAACAGACGUUGCUGUAUAUGAAAACAGAAAUCAAAUGGAAAAUGCUAGUGGUACACAGAAUAGUUCUAUUAUUGAACACAAACAUGCAAAAAAACAUUAUGCAUUCCAUAACAUUGACUCCGAUGUUUCUGAUCCGGAAUCUGGAGCAAGUGAAAACGGUGCGCAAAUUAUACCAAAAGAUAGCAUGGCAAAAACGAAGAAACUGAAUCAGCUAGGUACAACAGUGAAAUGGGAACAUCACAACAGCUGCGUCAACGAAAUUGUCGAAAAUGCUAAUGAGAAUGUCUUUAUUCAGCACAACUCAGUGGACAAAGCAUUCCCACGUAAAAUUGCUAACUUGCAGUUUAUACCGCCAGAAUACAUUGUACCCACGUUGUGCUCAUAA